UGCAGCUUUUCAGCUCGUUGGCCAGCGUUGUCUUGGGCGUCAUCCAUUCAUUUCUUCAGCUUCGAUUAACUAGGUAUUUUCCUUCUCUUAACUUUUCCCUUGAUCUCCUCAUUCUUUGAAACCUCUCGCCAUCUCUCCCCUUGGACAACGCGAUGCUAUAAGGGACCAGACGCUAGAAUUAGCCGCCGAUGGACUACCAGUAUGCGCCGCAUCCGCAGGCGCGGCCCCCGCUGCACUCUGCCCACUCGGCAGGCUCCUUCAGCCGGAUAUCUACUGUCUCGGAUCUCACAGAUUUCGACAACGUACAGCCACGUCCGUCGCUGGUCUCCCUUCAGUCGGAAUAUGACAAUUCUGGAUCGAAUCAUCAAAGUUAUGAUGUCGGGGGAGAAGGCGGACAUGUCUACACGGGAGCCCAGACUGGCUGGUCUGCACUAGCAAGCUUGCCAGGUUUAGGAGGCGGAGGCGCUAGAAACAGCAACUACGAGCCAGUGCACUUCUCCGAACAGUUAUCACUAAAUCAACAUCAACCGCCACCAUUCCAGCGCAACAGACAUAGUCAGGGCCGCUCCUUUGCCGCCCGCGCUGCUCAUCUGAACCGACGACACGAUACGAUUCCGGAAGAAGAUGGGAUCGAUCUUGGCCUCAUCCAGUCUGCCGCUCCCUUAGGCGGCAGCCAGCCUCGGGCUCCAGCCCCGUACCUACGCAUGGAGCCUGUCUUCGAUGUCAGCGCAGCCUUGGGACCGUCAACAGAUGCGGAUGAUAAGUUUAUCAGAUCGUUGCAGGAACAGGAAGCCCAGGGCAAACUCACUGGUGGUUUGGGUGCUGGAAUCCGUACCGAUGCCGUCGUGACCGAGUCGGCUUUGCUGGCUACGAGUCCCAUCUCAGACCGAGGCUCCUCCAUGCGACGCUCAUUCACGCGAGCUGCUGCACGUUUGAGCCGACAUGACACCGUCAAGCAGUUGGCGCAGCAAGAGGCAAACAAAAGAGGGGAAGUCAUUGAGUUGGUGAUGGAUGAUGAUGUUAUCAGCAACUCGGGCAAGUUUGACUUGAGCGUCGUGGCUGGACCAGACCCAGGGUCAAAGAGUCCCUAUGGGCAAAUGCGGCAGACGACGUUUCCUACAAUGAAGAGGACGGAAAAGCAGGUGUUCUACCCCACGCCUGACUGGAAGCCAUUCUCCAUGAGAUGGCCCUACCUGGUGUCCCUCAUUAUUGUUUCCAUCGUUGCGGCCGGCGGCGUGGAAGUUCUAUACCAAAGAUCAGCCAAGCAGCCGUUGGUUGUCUUCAAGUCACCCACCGAUAUAACACCUACAGCGUAUUUCUGCAUCAAAUUCCUGCCCACACUCAUCGCCGUUACCUAUGGUGUGCUCUGGCAGAUUACGAACUUCGAGGUGAUGCGCCUUGAAGCUUUCUACCAGCUAUCGAAGGAGGAUGGUUCCCUCGCAGCAGAGUCUAUCAACGUGGACUACUUCACCUUCUUCAACCUUUUCCGACCUAUUCGGGCCCUGCAUUACAAACACUAUGCGGUAGCCGUGUCCACCAUAGCAAGUCUUCUUGCCAACGCGCUGGUCCCGACUCUCUGCUCCGCCUGCAUCAUCCUCUCACCCGACCGGGACACUCGCCUGCUGAACCCAAACGACGAGAAGCGCAUUUCCAUCCACGCCGUCUGGUCACGCAUUCUCACCCUCACGCUCGUGAUCAUCGCCGUAUUCGGCUGCAUCCUCUUCUACCAACUCCAAAGCCGUCGCUCCGGCCUCCUCGCCGACGUCAAAGGCAUCGCCGGCCUGGCCUCCAUGGCCACCGUCAGCCACAUCCUCAUGGACUUCAAAGACAUGGACGUGGCCACGCACAAGGACAUCCACAACAAGCUCAAAAACCACCGCUACGUCCUGCGCAACUCUGCCCUCGCGCCCGCCGACGAAGUCUACAACAAACCUUUAUCCAAAAAGGAACAAGACCGCGAGCGCUACACCGGCAGCCACCUAGACGAGAACCCGCACCCGCUCUCCCUGCGCGCCGCGGGCGCCAUCCCCUUCAUCAUUUUCAUCACCCUCUUCUCCGUCCUGAUCCCCUGCGUCCUCUUCACGCCCGCCAACGUCUUGACCGACCGCGCGCCCUGGGUGAUCACGGCCUUGGCCGUCUGCCUCAAGCUCAGCUGGGGCGCCAUGGAGACGGACGUGCGCAUGAUGGAGCCGUACUAUAUCCUGUCUACAAAGCGGCACGCGCCUCCGAAGACACUGACGCUUGACUACAGGUCCAUGCCCUUCGGCGGGUGGGUCGCGCUGAAGGGGGCCAUGAACGGACACUGGCUGGUGAGCUUUGUCGGGUUUGGUAGCGUCAUGGCGGAGUUUUUAACCGUGUUGGUCACGAGCUUGGCGAGUGUUGAGGGGAGGGUGUUUGUCGAUGCGACGAAGGAGGCGUUGUUGCUUGAUGGGAAGAGAUCGGAGUUCCAGUUCCAGGCUAGGGACGACGACGAGAUUGAUGAUACGAACUCGAUCAACGCGGGACAGGAAACGCCGCUUUCCUUUUGGAUUUCCCUGUGUUUGGCGGACUUUGUUCUGCUGUACAUGGGCGUGAUAGCGACUAUUGUGUUUAUUCGGCGGCGUCGCGUGUUCUUGCCAAGGCAGCCGAAUACCAUUGCUAGUGUGUUGGCGUAUAUCCAUCAGAGCAAGAUGUUGUACGACUUUGUGGGGACGAAUAAGCUGAGUAAUGCUGAGAUGGUCAGGAAACUGGAGGAUCAGGUGGGCAAGACGUAUGGGUUGGGAUGGUUCCAGGGGCGAGAUGGACAGGUUCAUUGUGGUGUGGAUGAGGAGGAGCUGUUGACGGGGUAUAGGAGGGGGAUGGAUUACUCCAAGGCGACGAAGCCGUGGGCGGAGGGGGUGCAGUGGUUGUGAUUCAUCUUGGUGUUUGGGGUCUGGGUUUUCCGAAGUAGGAAAUGGUUUGGGGGUUUGUUAUAAUGAUGGUGAUUGAUGAUGCAUCUUUGGUUGGACGGAGUUCAUAGGGCUUUUGGACAUACAUUCACAAUAGGUGAUGUUGGAUAUACCUACUCCCCCAUCUUACACUCCGUAAAUCGCAAGGUUUCUGGAAAGCUGUGUGUAACAGCCUCUUUCGAUUGGAAGUCCGCCAGACA